AUGAGUCAAACAGCAACUAUAACUCAGACGAGGCAGAUAGAUUCUGCAAAAAAACCACGUCAUAUCCGGGAAGAGCCGAUCACGUGGACAAAUUGGUAUAAACAUGUUAAUUGGUUACAGACCUUUAUAUUAGGGACCACACCAAUUAUUGCCCUUUAUGGCUUAGCUACAACACAACUCUUGCCCAAGACCGCCGUCUGGAGUUUGAUUUAUUACUUUGCCACUGGAACUGGUAUUACAGCAGGUUAUCAUAGGUUAUGGGCGCAUCGUGCAUAUACGGCAUCCCGUCCCCUUCAAUAUAUCCUACUUUUCGUGGCUUCAGGAGCAGUCCAAGGCUCUCUUCGGUGGUGGUGUAGAGAUCACCGUGCACAUCAUCGCUACACUGAUACUGAUCGUGACCCCUACAGUGCACACAAAGGCUUGCUCUAUUCUCAUAUCGGAUGGAUGAUUCUAAAGCAGAAUCCAAAUGUGUUGGGCAAAACGGAUAUUUCAGACUUGAACUCUGAUUGGCUGAUAAGAGCUCAACACAAGUAUUACGGACUAUUUGCAUUGUUUUGUGGAGUUCUAUUUCCGACUCUCAUUCCCGGUCUUGGAUGGGGCGAUUGGAGGGGCGGAUUCUACUACUCUGCAAUACUUCGUCUCGUCGGGGUUCAUCACGCCACAUUCUGUGUUAACUCCCUUGCCCAUUAUCUUGGCGAUAAACCUUUCGAUGACAAACAUACUCCCCGAGACCAUUUCAUCACUGCUGUCGUCACAAUGGGUGAAGGUUACCACAACUUCCAUCACGAAUUUCCUCAGGAUUAUCGCAAUGCAAUUAAAUUCUAUCAAUACGAUCCUACAAAAUGGUUGAUUAAGUUUUGUUCAAUGCUUGGACUGGCUUCCAAUCUGAAAAAAUUCCCCGAAAACGAAAUUAAGAAGGGCCAGGUUUACAUGCAACAGAAAAAUUUGGAUGCGAUUAAAAAGACUUUGGACUGGGGUACGCCCAUUGAUUCUUUACCGGUUAUCUCUUUUGAAGACUAUCAAGAGAAAGCGAAAAACAAUGGCUUGGUUCUAAUCGAAGGCAUAGUUUACGAUGUCUCUACAUUUAUGGACGAACACCCUGGCGGUCGUGGCGUUUUGAAAGUUGGUUUAGGUAAAGACAUGACAACUGCAUUUAAUGGCGGUGUCUAUGAUCACUCAAAUGCAGCGAGAAACUUGAUGUCCAAAUAUCGUGUCGCUGUUGUAGCCGGUGGCGGCGAAGUUGAGCAUCGUAAGACAAAGUAG